CAGACAGGAAGCGAUCGGCGCGAGAUGGAACUUCAUCAACUCUCAGUGCAGAAUAUUAUUAUAGUAUUAUUAUUAUUAUAGUAUUAUUAUUAUUAUAUAGUGAUAGUCAGUGCAGUAUAUUAUAGUAUUAUUAUUAUUAUUAUAUAGUUAUAAUCAGUGCAGUAUAUUAUAGUAUUAUUAUUAUUAUUAUAUAGUUAUAAUCAGUGCAGUAUAUUAUAGUAUUAUUAUAUAGUGAUAAUCAGUGCAGUAUAUUAUAUAGUGAUAAUCAGUGCAGUAUAUUAUUAUUAUAGUAUUAUUAUAUAGUGAUAGUCAGUGCAGUAUAUUAUUAUUAUAGUAUUAUUAUAUAGUGAUAGUCAGUGCAGUAUAUUAUAGUAUUAUUAUAUAGUGAUAAUCAGUGCAGUAUAUUAUAGUAUUUAUAGGUUUAUAUAAAUUCUCAGACAUUACUGUUAUAUUUCUGUUAAUCAGAAUAUUAUCUUUAAAGUGCCUAAUGUCUGAAUAACUGUUAUAAUGUGUUAAUAACCAUGUAAUGUCUAAAUUACUCGAAUGUAAUCUUUUACAUAACUCUGUUUCAGUGAUGUCAGAGAAUGAAAUCCCAGAAAUCGAUAUAUGGGAUUAUAAAUCCCUGAGGAAAAGUAAACAGUUAAAGACCAGUGAGGAGAGAACAGCACAACAACACAACAGAGAAGCUGCAGCAUCAUCCAAACGUGAGCAGAAAAAGACAGACAGAUUGAAAUCCAGGCAGGCGGAUACCACAAAGGAUCCCAGGACAGCUGGGAAACAAAAUGGACACAGACUUGGCACUUGUACACCAACAACAAAAAGGUCCAAUAAAACCCAGAGUCCUGGGACCAGCUUCCCCCGGCACAGUGGGCACUGUCCCAGCUGCCAGAUGCCAUUUUCUAUACUCCUGGUACAGACACCCAGGUGGCAUGUGAGCGAGUGCUUGGACACGCCAGCUCUCACAGAUAAAGGUAACCCAUCCUUUACUUUCUGGUAAAUCAACCUGACCUCCUGCAGCUCCGGUUUAUGCCAAUUACGAUCACUCUCAACCAGUCAACUCUAACAACAAAGUUAGAUCUGUUUGUGGGUGAUGGCAAAUGUAGAUUUUAGCACUUUCCUGUAACUCAGCAUUGUUGGACGCUGCCAACAUUUGACCAGUACAUACAAAUAUAAAUCUAGAGCAGGGUUAGGCACCCGCUGGCACUGCAGAUGUUGUGGACUACAUUUCCCAUAAUGCUCUUACAGCCCCAUCUACUGCCAAAGCAUAAUGGGAGAUGUAGUCGAAAACAUCUGGAGUGACGAAUGUUGCCGAUCCCUGAUCUAGAGAACAUGUGAGGCUUCCAUUGGAGAGUAGAGCCCUCUUGGUCACUGGUUCCCAAACCAUCCUUAAUGACCCAGCUACAAUCCAGGAUUUAUGUAUUUUUCUUUUCUAUUCCAAUCGGAGAUUCUGACAAAACCUGGAAUGGGCCAUGAGGUUGUUUGGGAACCACCGAUCUAGAAAAUGGGGAAUUAAACCCAGUUUAAGAUCGUGGAACUAGCCAACAGGACAAAAAACAAACAAAAAAAAAAAAAAACAGUUUACCUACUUUCCCCUUUACAAACAAACAUUCACCUUAAAAUGUGCAAAUAUUGGGAAGUUAUUACAGUUAUGUAAUAGGAACUUCACCAUUGACAAUGUUUAAUUGUUACAUGUAUUCAAUAAUUGAAAGGUAGAAUUUACAGACUUUUUAGUACAGCUUGUAGCUGCCAAGGACUAGACGUCUCAGCAUUCUCUAGAUUUACUUAAAGGGUUAUUCGCUAAACUAAGAACUGGCCAGAGAAUCACACACCCUAGAUCAGUGAUGGCUAACCUGGACACCCUAAAUUGUUUCUGGACUACAUUUCCCAUGAUACUCAGCUAGCUUUUAGACUCUAAAAGCUAGCUGAGCAUCAUGGGAAAUGUAGUCCAGAAACAAUUUAGGGUGUCCAGGAUAGACAUCACUGCCCUAGACCAACAUAGCCAACCUGAAAAAUCCAACUCUGGUAUUUCUCUCCAGCUGACAUGCUUUUUGUAAUCCCCUGGUAUUUUCCUGAUAACAAUUUAGUAAAUAAUCCAGAUAGUGUUUUCUUACAGGCUUGAUUGUUUUGGCAUUUUGUAUGUUAAAGCCCAUUGACAUCUUACACAGUUAUGCUCUAACAUGGUAAAUUAUCAAAUGAUCUGUUUACAAUAGGACACUGGGGUAUACAUUCAUCUGUUCCUUUGUUUCUUUUCCAGAAUGCCCCGAUGGCAUUACAUGCAGUUCCACUAUCCCGUCACACUACAAGAAGUUCAGCCACUUCCAGCUUGCUCAGAGUCGUGCAAUGGAUGAGCUUAACCGUUCUCCACUAUACUCAGCCCUUCAUUCAUCUCUUGAAACUGCCAAAUCACCAGCUACUCAUCGUUCUAAUCGUGGACUGGACAAUGAAAUCAGACCUGAAAACUGCAUUCCUGCACUAGAUAUUAACAAUACACCUAGGAGCCAAAGAUCUCCUCAAUCACAGUCACCUGCAAGCUCUCAGGAAUCAGUAAAACAGACGUCGCUUGAUGUCUGGCUUUCAUCACCGUCCAAAAGUGUGCUAUCACAAGGUUCACUGUCCCCAAACAGCCGUACUGAUCCUCUUUAUAACAGGUUAAAUGAUGUCACAGCCCCAAACCUCCCACAUCAAGCCCCCAAUUAUUUUGAUUGUGAAAUCUCUUAUUCUCCUCUACACAGUGACGAGGAGCUAUACAGCGAUGACAAGGAUAGCAUCACUAGCUCAAUAAAGAGUGCGCUUCCCUGUCAGUCUGCAGAGGAGAAUUUGCACAGGAAUAAAGAGAGUUUAACGGGAAAUCAGCAGCUUGAAGACUCUCAUAGCAAUGGGGAAACAUGCAAUAGAAGUAACUCAGAACCCUUAUUCUCAGAGAGCAUCACCCAUGAGCCUUUCCCAUGUGCUGCUAAUCAGCCUGAAACUGCACCAAUCACAGAAGAUGAUAAUUGGUCCAUAUACAGCUCACCUGCCUCCUGCAUUAAUGAUAGGGAUGUACACCGCCCUGAGCUUAACAAUUGGUUAACAGCAGAACAUGAUAACAGACUAAUCGUCUCUUCCAGCCAGAUGAACAAAGUGAUUUUACUUGGUAACAUUCAGUCUGAACAGAGUGGUUGUGAUAGUUUGAAAGACAGGACAAAGCAGGUUAGUCUCCUCUGUAUUCAACCGCCGCUGCAGCACACACCCGGACUUUCUCAACCUGCAGUAAAAGGUGAAAUAGGAGAGAUACCUGUACCCCAGGGAAGUGCUACCAUGGCCACUGUAGAAAUCGCUAAUGCCAAGGCAAAGAAACAGAUGGACAUUGGGGUGUUCUUUGGGCUUAAACCCAAACCUGUCAUAGAGAAAGAAGCUGUGUUCCCUUUGAAGUCCCAGAGUUUGAAUGACGUUACAGCCCAGGGGGGUAAUAAACGCGGCCCAAGGAAGAGGAAAGCUCAGGGCUCGCUUGGAGACACCGAUUCUCUUAAUGAAAUUCCUAAUUCAUUGGAGAUGGGGAGCCACAAAAGACAGGGGAAGAAAUUCAGGCAAAACUCAACAGGAGAAGGGAGUGGGAAGAAGAAAUGUCCAUUCUACAAGAAAAUCCCAGGUAUGUCCUGACUUACUGCAAGACAAUUCUACAAGAAAAUCCCAGGUAUAUCCUGACUUACUGCGGUUUUAUGGGAAAAUAUUUUAACUCCUCUUUUCACCUAUGUCAAGACUAACACCGGCCCCUGCUGCAAAGAAAAUCCAUGUGCCGCCUGCCCCUGACCUGUAAUAUAAAUCUGCGUACAGUUUUAGCUUUUCAGUAAAGUGUCAUUAAUUUCAUACUUCAGACUAUAGUAGUCAAUCUGAAAACUGAGAUCUAGAGGAUUUUUCUGAUUCAACUAUUGUGAUCUAAAAUUUGAAAUCCCUAUAAAUUCCUCAAAGUAACACUUUAGUUAAUAACGAUGUUAGCGAAUAAUGCUGCUAAUGUAUUUUGUCACGACUUGGUUUUUAUUCACUAAAUCGUGAUUUGUGCAAAAAAUCUCCAACUUAGACCUUCUCUUUGGCUAUUUUUUUUGUCCUAAUAUUUGCAAUUCCAUUAUCAAAUCUCAAAUUCCUCAGGUUAGUGAGGACACCCUUCAUACACCCCAUAAUACAUGAUACGUUUGGGGUCUCACUCAGCCAGCUGGGUUGUGGCCCAUUGUCAACCAGCAAACUGUAAUCCAGAUUCAACUGGUACAUCAUUGAGGUGUGCAUUCAAAGCACUGUAAUAUGUGAUAUUUGGGAAUCCAGGCCAACUCUCUCAUUUUGGCCCCUCUGUCACAAGUACCUCAAUUCAGUGCCCUUAUUUAACAUUGCACUGCAGAGAGCAAUGGGGGAAGGAUUUCCCAAGUAAGUGGGUUAAUUUAAUUAACCCCUUAAGGACCAAACUUCUGGAAUAAAAGGGAAUCGUGACAUGUCAUGUGUCCUUAAGGGGUUAAAGCAGGUUGGGUUGUUAGAAUAGAACCUGCCAAAAAUGGUGUGUGUGUAUUUCUUACCCACUUCCCUCCCCCACAUAUACAAAACUUUAUUAAAAUACAGAUUUGCCAGUAAGUGGUUUUACAAUAUAAAUCCAAGUGGUGAUCUUUCUCUGGUUUUUUGUUUUGCAGGGACUAACUUCACUGUGGACGCCUUUCAGUAUGGACAGAUCGAGGGAUGUUCUGCAUAUUUUUUGACUCAUUUCCACUCUGAUCACUAUGGGGGUCUCACAAAGAAAUUCCGAUUCCCAAUUUACUGCAGCAAGGUAAAACAUGCCAGCCGUCCCUAGCAUGGGAUUGAUUUAACUUUUCAUUACUUGCUAAUAACUAGGUGUGCCCUUAAAUGGAUGCCUGGCAGUGGGCUUUGCCCUGUGAUUUUUUUAAAUGGAUGCCUGGCGGUGGGCAUUGCCUGGUGCCCCUGGAAAGGAUGCCUGGCGGUGGGCAUUGCCUGGUGCCCCUGGAAAGGAUGCCUGGUGGAGGGCAUUGCCCGGUGCCCCUGGAAAGUAGAUUUGUCUUCAUAUAAGACCGUUAUACAGAACAGUCCAGUAGAGGGAGUAAUCAUACCGAAGAUUUGUACAAGAUACAAAUGAGAUGCAGCCGUUAACAUCCUAUAGGUUACCGUAUAUACUAGAGUAUAAGACGACCCGAAUAUAAGCCGAGGCCCCUAAUUUUACCACAAAAAACUGGGAAAUCUUAUUGACUCGAGUAUAAGCUUAGGGUGGGAAAUGCAGCAGCUACUGGUAAAUUUCUAAAUUAAAUUAGAUCCCAAUAAAAUUACAUUAAUUGAAUAUUUAUUUACAGUGUGUGUAUAGAAUGAAUGCAGAGUGUGUGUAUAUAAUGAAUGCAGAGUGUGUGCUUGUAUGUGUAUAUAUAAUGAAUGCAGUGUGUGUGUGUGUGUGUGUGUGUGUGUGUGUGUGUGUGUGUGUGUGUGUUUGUGCAGUGUGUGUGUAAACUGGAUGGGGGGAGGGCAUUUUUAUUUAAAUUUUUUUUAAUUUUAUUAUUUUAAUAUUUAUUUGCAUUAUUGUCCCCUCUCUCCGCUUGUUGCCUGGUCAGGGAGGGGGGACAAAAAAAUUUUUUUUUUUUUUUUAAUAAUUCAAAUAUUAAAAUAAUAAUUAAUAAUUAUUUUAUUACGGUAUAUUUUAAUAUUUGCAUUAUUUUUUUUUUUAAAUGUUUUUUUGAGGGGGGGACAAAAAACCAUUAAAAAAAAAAUAAUGCAAAUAUUAAAAUAAUAAUAAAAUAAUAUAUUAUUUUAUUAUAUUUUAAUAUUUGCAUUAUUUUUUACAAAAUGUUUUGUCCCCCCUCCCUGGCCAGGCAACAAGCAGGGAGGGGGGACAAAAAAAACAUUGAAAAAAAAUAAUGCAAAUAUUAAAAUAAUAAUAAAAUAAUAUAUUAUUUUAUUAUAUUUUAAUAUUUGCAUUAUUUUUUACAAAAUGUUUUGUCCCCCCUCCCUGGCCAGGCAACAAGCAGGGAGGGGGGACAAAAAAAACAUUGAAAAAAAAUAAUGCAAAUAUUAAAAUAAUAAUAAAAUAAUAUAUUAUUUUAUUAUAUUUUAAUAUUUGCAUUAUUUUUUACAAAAUGUUUUGUCCCCCCUCCCUGGCCAGGCAACAAGCAGGGAGGGGGGACAAAAAAAACAUUGAAAAAAAAUAAUGCAAAUAUUAAAAUAAUAUAAUAUAUUAUUAUUAUUAUUAUUAUUAUUAUUAUUAUUAUUAUUAUUAUUAUUAUUAUUAUUAUUAUUAUUAUUAUUAUUAUUAAAAUAAAAUCAUACUGAAUCCCUGGUGGUCCAGUGGCAUUGGCAGUUCAGUGGGGGGCUGACAGUGAGCGGUUACUUACCUUCCUGCAGCUCCUGUCAGCUCCCUCCUCCUCUUUGCAGCUCCUCGGUCAGCUCCGUUCUGUUUACAGUGUAAGGCGGAUCUCGCGAGAUUUACACUGUAAGCAGGACGGAGCUGACCGAGGAGCUGCACGGAGGAGGAGGGAGCUGACAGGAGCUGCAGGAAGGUAAAUAACCGCUCACUGUCAGCCCCCAACAGGACCGCCGGGCUUGUAAUGAGCCCGGCGGUCCUGGUCUGUAUUGUGGCAAUGUAAAUUGCCACAAUACAGACAUUGACACGAGUAUAAGCCGAGUUGGGGUUUUUCAGCACAAGAAAUGUGCCGAAAAACUCGGCUUAUACUCAAGUAUAUACGGUAUAUAGAAGGAUGUAACUCCGGAAUCAAGGUUGUGUAUUAAGGUGGCAGUUCUGAGGGAAAGGAGGAAGUUAAAUAGAGAGGAAGGAGUGUAUGGUUUUUCUUUGGGGUUUGUUGGUGGCACGGAGACCAUGGCUGUAAGGUCAGUGGCCAGGCGUGGGAUUCGGUAUCAGAUAAAUGGAGCUUUAUCAUGUUUGUUUUUCCAGAUCACAGGAAAUCUGGUGCAGAGCAAGCUGCGCGUGGAGAAGGAAUUUAUAAAUGUUCUACCUAUGAACACAGAGUGUGUGGUGGACAACAUCAAAGUAUUUCUGCUGGAUGCCAACCAGUACGUGGCUUUCAUUAAUUUACUCCUGCAUAGCACACAGCACAUAGCCUCUGAAAGAUAAUGGGAGGUAAUACAGGGCCCAAAAUCAAAGUGUCUUGCUACUAGCCAGGCCUUAAUUACUUGCCAUUACAAAUUUUCACCUACUAUAAAACUUCAGCAGCUGCCCCUCCUCCAAAUGUCUUAACACUGCCUGGGCAUUGCAGUGUGCCCUGUGCAGCUGUCUGUAUACCCUAUGGGCUCAUUUCCAGCCUCCUCAAUGUUUCUGCAGUAAAUUGUUGCUGUUAGCUAUCAGCGCUUACUAAUUUGUGACUGGCUUCCAACUUUGUCACUGUUUACAAGCUUGCAUUGAUACUUGCCAGUCACCGGUACAACACACAAACAUGUGCCGUGUAAACUGUCACUAAAUCAACCACACUUUGCCGGUAUAAAGUCUUUGCUAGAGCACUGCCUUCUGUGUUUGGUGUUGGUAGGAGAUAACCCUGUAUACAAUGUAUUAAAUUGGAUACAGAACCAUGGAACUUCUGAGGUUCAUCUCUGCUUAUGACAAUUACACUUUACUUAUAAAAACAUUAUUUUUAUAUCAUGUCUUUAAAUGACAACUGUUGCCUCAAUAAAAAAAAAAAAAAAAAAGAAUUUCUCUUAUCACUGAUCUGCUCUCUUCUAGUUGCCCUGGGGCUGUCUUGCUCCUCUUUGUUCUCCCCAAUGGGACCACAGUAUUGCAUACAGGAGACUUCCGUGCUGAUCAAUCAAUGGAGAAUUAUCUGCCUCUAAUUGGCCAGAAGAUCCACACGCUCUACCUCGACACCACGUAAGACUUUUGUCCUCUGAAAGGUUUCCUUCCAUUCUGCAGUUUAGAAAAUAUGUUCACUUCUUUCGGAAGUGGCAGAAAUAUAAAUUAUAAAUCAAAGAUGAGGUGAAUUUAAAAGAUCCCUGCAGCUUUUUAUUUUAUUUUAUUUUUUUUAUUUGGUUGGUGGUGGGUUAUCUCUUCCUAGCUUUAAUUUGUUAUAACAUGCCGAUAAUGAACACUACAAAUUGCAAUACAUUAUAUGUUGACGUACCUGCUAGUCCACUAGCAGUUUAGCUUCUUGACAGAUUGCAUGAUUUGUGGACAAUCUGUUUCUUUGCUAGACGCACUCCUGGGAGUGUCUUUCUGCUUUAAUAUAAAUGAUUCUUCCUUCAAAACCAUCCCAUUAGUCGUCCGAUAUAAUAAACUGCUCCUGAAACCAUUUUGUUUAUACAUUGAUGCAGGAACUCUAUUAAGGAUCUCUGACAAACUUUAUGCGUCACUAGACUGCCUCGGAGAGGUGCAGCGUGCGCUUUUAAUGAUUAGGAUUUAAAGUUUGUUUGUGUCUGAGCUGAGGCUUGUUUGGCUCCCUGAUGUUACGUUUCUCAAAUUGCAGACUUCCACCCUGUGCAAGUAAAAGGACCACUAUAAGCACCCAGACCACUUCAGCUCAAUGAAGUGGUCUGGGUGCCAGGUCCAGCUAGGAUUAACCCUUUCUUCUAUAAACAUAGCAGUUUCAGAGAAACUGCUAUGUUCAUAAUGGGGUUAAUCCAGCCUCUAGUGGCUCUCAUUGACAGCCGCUAGAGGGCUUCCACGAUUCUCACUGAUUUUUCACAGUGAGAAGACUCCAGUGUCCAUAGGAAAGCAUUGCGAAUGCUUUCCUAUGGCCUGGCUGAAUGCGGUGGCGUGUGCUGCGUGUGCGCAUUCAGCCGACGACGAGUCGUCCCCCGCCCGGCGCUGGAAAAAGGUCAAUUUAACCCCUUCCAGCCCCUAGAGCCUGCAGGAGGGGGACCCUAAGGGUGGGGGCAUCCUCAGGGCACUAUAGUGCCAGGAAAACGAGUGUUUUUCCUGGCACUACAGUGGUCCUUUUAAGGAGUGUGUCUUUAGUUAUUACUGCAGAUUACAUGACAAGCUAAUAAGUGUUAAUAUUAAAUAUAAGUUCCCCAUUGGAUCAUAGGCAAUCUUGCAUUUAAAAAGGUGUCUUGUUUUUGGAUUUUUCCUUCAUUGUUACCUAUUCUGUUCCAGUUACUGCAGCCCAGAAUACACCUUCCCUCCCCAGCACGAAGUUAUUGAGUUUGCUGCAAAUGCUGCCUUUGAAAUGGUUACCUCGCAUCCACGCACACUGGUUGUCUGUGGAACUUAUUCUGUUGGAAAGGAGAAAGUCUUCCUAGGUAUUGUUCUCCGCUUGCAGUCACUAAUAUCUCACAACGGAAAACCCUAUUCAGACUAGAUGUUCAUGUCCAUUUUGCAUGUUAUUUCAGUGUUUUAUGAUUUAUGUGACUUUAACCGUGGCUAUGUCCAUAUUGCAAGAACUGCUUGGUUCCAGCCCUGCUGCCGGUUUUCACCCAUUGUCGGCCUGAAAUGUUUUUAGAUGGGAAUUUAUUGCUAUAAUUACUGGCGGUUUCUAGUGUAUUGAGAACUUGUUCUAUUCGCUGCUGCCUGUGUACGCACAUCUGCACUCUCCCACAAUGAUUGCUCACACUUACUCUAACCACCAUUAUGGGUUUUUUCCUUUAACUCUUUUGCCCAGACCCAGCAAAAGUGUUUUUUAUUUAUUUUUUUUACUAUGUUGUAUCCUUACACUUCUUGGCAAUUUGUCUGUUAAUUGUAUAGGUUUAACCUCAUUAUAAUCUCGUCAUAAUCUCAUGGAAAGGGUGUUCUUCAAAGGCUGACAUACCCUCGUUACCAGCCACGGAGCCACGUAUGACCUUUUCUUGAUGUAAAAACUCUUACUUGUUGUUUCUCCGUGCAGCUAUCGCUGCGGUCUUGGGAUGUAAGGUCAGCAUGUCUCAGGACAAAUAUAAAACAAUGCUGUGUCUGGAGUCUGAGGAAAUCAGCUCGAUCGUCACUACCGACUGGCACAGCACUGCGCUUCACGUUCUUCCCAUGAUGCAGGUUAAUUUCAAGGUAAGGCUCCAUUUCCUCGUGCAUUUUGAUAAGUUACUUAGAGCAGGAGACCGUACAAUGAAAGAAAAUGUCUUCAGCAUCUCAAAGAUUAAAGGCUUGGCUCCGUAAAGAUCCAUGCAGGUCUCGACUGUUCUCAAACUGUUUGGAAGUAAUUUAACUGCUAACCUUGGGAAGGCACCAGGCAAAGGCCAAAGUAACUGAUCUUGAAGCAUUGCUGACUUAGAGAAUUUUUCCAAUUCAUCUAUUUUGACCUUAAACUUAAAAUAGACUUAGAAUUCCCUUUGAAUGUGAGUAGAGUGAUAAUAGAUACCAAAUAAAAGUCCCCACAAUAUAACGGCACUCCGCCAUCAAUCCUCCCUUAAAGGCUGAGUGACGAAAGGUUCCGUGGACUUAUUUGGUAUCUGAUGGUUCUCUCCUCACAUUCAUAGCUGUCUGAAUCUGAUGGUGUAUAUACUAUAUUCAGUGUGAUUUGACUUGGAUUAUCUGUUUCUCUGAUUUGGAGAUACUUGGUGAAUAUCAUCUUCACUUUUGCAUUUUGAAAUAUUGCUGUAAUUUGUAUAACAAACUUGCAUAUUUGGUUAAAAAUUAAAUAUUUAACUUUUUUUAAAUUUAUUUAUUUUUUUAUAUCACAUGGCUCAGUUCCUCCAACAUUUAUUGGUAAUAUGCGUAGCAAUAUGUAGUCUGUAUUCUUUAACUAGUACAGCGAGGUAAUGUCUCUAAAGUCUUCUCUAUAUUUCUUGUUCCACACAGGGUUUGUAUGCUCACCUCAACAAGUUUUCUGGGAAGUAUGAGCGUGUCUUAGCUUUCAAGCCUACAGGAUGGACUUAUUCGGACCAAUGCAGUUCAGUGACAAAUCUCAGACCUGAGACCAGAGGGAAAGUCACACUUUAUGGUACAAACUGUCUUUGUGUCUCCUAUCAGAGAGACCACGUCUGAUCUCUGUGGUAUGUGGGUUGGUUUGUGGGUUUUUUUAAUUUAAUUUUUUUUAAUUUUAUAUUUUAGGUAUACCAUACAGUGAACACAGCAGCUACUUGGAAAUGAAACGUUUUGUUCAAUGGUGUAAGCCUCAGAAAAUAAUCCCCACAGUUAAUGUUGGCAGCCCCAAAUCCCGUUCUACCAUGGAAAAGUAUUUUACGGAUUGGUCUCUGGAAGCUUCCUAUAAACCAAUCAGAAAGCCUACGUAAUCGAACACGUUCUUUGCGAGGUUACAGUCUCACUUUUUAUAUACUAAAGCUAUGGCUUUUACUGUAUGACUUGGUGUUUAUUUCUUCUUCCUGUCUGCUGCUAAAUAUACAUGUGACCUCUUAGAAAUGUUACCCUGGCCAGUGACCGCUAUUCUGUCUCUCGAGCUGGUGCAUUCCCUGUUUACCAUACUUCCUGGUCUGGGUUAAAUAUCUAAAACUCUUUACUGAACUGUUCUGGACUCUGUCUAUCUGUCACUUUAUUAAGGUCGCUGUAAACCUGUGUAUAAAUAUCAACAUCGGUUUUAUUGCACAUGAUGGAUUUUUUUAACUUAAUGUAAUUUAUGACUUUCAAACUUUUUUAGUAAGUUAUUUAAUAAUUUUAGCCUUUUGCAGUAUAACUGCUAAAUACUAGCAUUUUGUACACAAAAAAAUACUUAUAAAACAAAUGAAUGAAAUAAACCUUUUCCAAUCCAGUUUGAAAUGUAUCUUGUGCUAAAACAUGUUAUCGCUGAAGGGCUUGCAGAUAGUUUAAAACAAAAAAACCCUCUGAAUGCAAACAUUUAAAGGGACACUAGUCACCAAAACAACUUUAGCUUAAUGGAGCCGUUUUGGGGUAUAGAUGGCGUUAUAUCACCUUUGUUUCUGUUCAUCCAG